ACUUGAGCUGCUAACACAGUCACAUUAAUAUCUAAACUCCUGUAAAUAACUGAAUUAAAAUGCUACAAAUUAUUCUGCUUUUCCUGCCUGGUGUUUUCUGUACUGAAGGUUGGAAUGUGACGCUCCCUUUAUUAAUCUGUGGAGUGCGAGGAUCCAAUGUCACUAUUCCCUGUAAUUUUACAUAUCCAAAAGCGGUAGUAACAGAGGUGUCAUGGUGCUCACAGAAAGAAAAGGACACACAUUGUGACACAAAAGGCCCGCAUGUUUAUAAUAGUUCACACACAAACAUUCAAAACAACUUUGAGUACACCGGUGAUAAUAUUUCAGAUUGUUCUUUGUUGAUCAGUAAUAUUGAUUCAAUGAGUUCUGGAGAGUAUUUAUUUAGAUUUAUAACCAGUUCGCCAGUGGGACGUUAUACUAAACCAGGAUCAGGAGCAAAUGUUACAGUCAAAGAUUUAAAAGUGUCCAUGGCCAAGUUAGGAGACAAUGAAAACAUAACAGUUGGAGACUCUUUGAAUUUGACAUGCACUGUGUCCUGCCCUGGUCAUUUACCAGAUCUUCAAUGGUUGAAGGAUCAUACAACAAUACCACAUUCAGGCCCCAUUCUCAUCUUUAGGAGUGUGACUCUUAAAGACUCUGGGAAUUACUCUUGUUCUUUGAAAAACUUUAAAUUAAGUGAAUCAGAACAAAUCAGACUGAAUGUUAAAGCAUCUGACCUCCCAGGCACUUCUAAGCCUAUAACAUUUUUUUGGGUUGGGAUUAUUGGAGCGUGUUUAUUCUUAAUUAUUUUCAUUAUUGCAGCUGUGAUACUCAUAACAAGGAGAAGAAAAACUCAAGGGACAACAACAUCAGAGGACGAGGGAAAAACAACUCAGAGAUCAGAGGAUGUACCACAGGAGGAGGAAGUGCAAUAUGCAUCUGUCAGCAUCAAAACCAAAGAAAUAGCGGCCAACACUGAGAAACAAAAUGAAGAAAAUGAAGAUUCAACCAUCUAUAGUGGAGUGAUGGUUCGUUGAGUCAAAGGAGAAAUGUGAACAAACUUAUAAGAUACAAUUUAUAUACAAUCUGAAAUAUUGUAAAUUUACUAACUAUAGUAAUUAUUUAAUAUUAUCUUGCGUAUUAGAAAAUAUUAUUUGCAUGCACUCAGAAUAUGUAUUUAUAGCCACCAGGGAGCAGCAUUGAUCCUUGUUAUCUUGAGCAGUCAAAAAUUGUAUGUAUACACACAGUAUUUGUAGAUUAGAAAUGCAGAUAAGAAUAAAUUGUAGCACUUUACAAUAUGGUUGUAUUUGUUAACAUUAGUUACAUUAGCCAACAUGAACUAACAUUUAUUAAUCUUGGUUCAUGUUAAUUUCAGCAUUUAAUAAUACAUUUUUUUUAAUCUAAACAGAGGUGUAUAAGACUUAAGUAUUUUAGUUACAUUUUCCAAGCAUCUGUGCUUUAUCAGAGUGUUUGUCUUGGGAAAAAAAUUCUUUUCUUUACUAAAAAAUGUUCACUACAUUUUAAAGCAUAGAAUCAUACUGUGUAUUCAUUAUAUAUUGCAUAUUAAAAUUGAUUUAAUGCCUAAUUA